CAAUUCGUGGCAAAACACGUGGAAAGGACUGACUACUGAGACAGAAUUUUUCGUUCUCUUACUUAACCUUUUCUUUGAAAAUUUGUAGGAAAAGAUUGUCAUUUGUGUUUAGUUGACCUUCAUCUGACUGGUGUGUAACAUUUCAUCAGAAAAGAUUGAGUAUUUAAACUUUAGAUACUUAAGAAAUACAAAUAAUGUCGGAUCGGCCAUGCCUUUGCUUAGUUUGACAGAAAGUGUCCAGAAGCAAAGCGAGCCUCAAGUGAAACGCAACGCUUGACUCCGUUUUUCUGUGUCAUCCCUGACGACAAUGGAUUUUAUUGCUUUAGUAUAUGCAACAGCCAUAAUAAAGAAUGGUGAUGUCUUCUACCAUCCUUUCGUCGAGUUCGCUUCAGUCAAUCAUAUCGGAGAAUAUAUGUGCAAAGAAGAUCAACCGUUGCACAUCAACAUUUGUCAUUUCAGUAACAUUUUCAUUUUGGACACACUCACUAAUAACUCAGCAAAGUGAUCCUUUGAAAGGUCCAGUUCAUGUAAUAGCAAAAGAUUGCAGUUACAUAAAGAUGCGUGUUACGCUGUCAACUUUCGUGUUAAUUUGCCUUGUGGCAGCCAUUCAUUUCCAGCCAAGCCAAAGCCACUUACCACCCAUCUUUAAAGAUAAAUUACUAGGAAAAGGACAUAACGGGAAAGAUGCUGGUGGAACGGCUCUAGCGGCCGUGAUUUCAUCACGAAAAUUCGGCCUGGGAAUUAAAGCUGUACUCCUCAAACCACUACUUUUAGUGGCCUUAGCAAAAAUAAAAUUUGCUCUUCUGCUUGGCAAGCCCUUGGCUCUUUUAGCCAUCAAGAAACUAUUACUUAAAGCUGUCCUGGGCAAGUUGCUGCUUAAAAUUCCUUUAAUUCUACUCAAAGGAAAAGCCUUACUGGUCAAGAUGUUGGCUCUUAAGUUUGCCCUUGUCACUAAAGGUUUACUUGGACUAAAAGCUCCACUAGCUAUGCUCUUCCUAGGCGCAUGCGCUUUAGGAUCCGGUUUGGGUUUGGCUCUUGCGCUCGGAGCUACUCUUCAUAAGCUAAAAGAAGGUUCCUACGAGGAAAAUUACAGCUAUGAACAACCCUAUUAUCCACCUCCAAGGCCCUCCUAUGGUGCUCCUCCUGCAUAUUCUUCUCCAUCAUCAUAUCCUUCUCCAUCAGCCUAUCCUUCUCCACCUGCCUAUCCUUCUCCACCUGCAUACCGCGAGGCUUCCGAGUAUUCUCCGGAUCCUGCAUACUCUUCGCCGACUGCUCAGUAUUCAUCGAACAGCGGUGGUUCAAGCUCUACUGGAAGCGAAUUCUUUUCACAAUCAGUAGGCAUAGGAGCAAACUCUGCGUAUUCCAGUUACGCAAAUCGAAAAGUCGUAAAUCGGAGGAAGCGCGAUUAUUCCCGACUGAGUUACCUUAGCAUACCUGAGGAUAGAUAUGGUGAAGAAAGUGGAGAAGAAGAUGAAGAGGAAACUAUUGAUGAGUCUCCCGAAGAUCUUCAACUUGAAUUUGAAGCAGCUCGAACAAAUGGUAACGCUUAUCUUUAUAUGGCUGCCCAGUUUGACGACCAGUCGUGUGGUCGUCGGCUAAUCUGCGAAAUCUACCAAAAGCCACAUGAGAGCCUCACUGAAGACGAAAUUCUUCUGCAAGAAAUUUUCGGGUAUCCACUUUCUCAGUUGAGCGAGGAAGAUGAAGACACUCCAAAAGAAAUGUAUUAUAGAGCCGCACAACUAGGUACUUCUUACCAGGGGCGGGCCGGUGACAAAGUCUGUGCUCGUUUCUAUCCGGCUUGUCCACACAAUGCCGAACAGCUGAUAAACAUCUUCGUCACCGAAGAUACUCACACUAAUAACAUUGAUUCAGACAACGAACCUUCUGCCCAUCUUCAACCUCCUCAGACUAGCGUUCGCCAACCAUUUUAUCAAGCUUAUCUUUCAGGCACUACACAGUUCCAGCCAUCUAAGCCUAUUUUUAGGCCAGAUCAUCAAGAAGGAACUGCACUUAAAACAAAUAUCUAUCAAGUUAGACAGCCAAUAUCAAGGGCCACUAAUUCUACGGCAAAGAUUUUCAAGCCAGCAACAAGCUGUCUGAAUUGUUGACAUUGAUUAUAUAAUUAAUGAACUGUGGAUCAGUAUUUUUUUUGUAGUUGCAUCUUGAUUUUAUUUUUAUUGCUCAGCCCGCGGAUGGAACGUUGAUAUUGUCGUACAGGCUCUUCUUUCUAACAGUUUCUUCAGCUUUUACUUUGCAAUGGCUAACAUAGGCUAAAUGUUUCGUGUUUGUUUGUAUAACUGAACUCGAAUAAAUCAGACGACUUCUGUUA